AUGAUAUAUUUAUUAUACAGAUAUUGAUAUCAUUUCAGUAAUAAAUCAUGUGUACAUCUGCAUGUAACAUGCAGCAUGUGCCAUGACUGUUCCUUAUGUAGUUCAUGAUCACUCCUGUCAUUCGCGAGGACUGUUUUUGUUGUAUCUGUAAUGAAAUAAUGGAAGGGUCAAUUGUGCAAAAAUGUUAUUUAGUGGCAUUAAUCAUUGCCAUAUUUUUAACAUGUUCAAAUUUGAACUUUUUUGUUCACGCUAUUCCUUAUAUUUCCGAAGAUCCGAAUGAUGUCCAUUUUUAUUUGUACUUGUCAUCCUUUCCUGAUCCCAAUUUCAAGCAAGAGCUUGUUCUUCAUAAUAUUGAUUCUGUAAGACAAAGCGCUUUCCAAGCUGGACAAAAGACAGUCUUUAUUAUACACGGAUUCCGUUCCAGUUAUCUUAGUGAGAUGUCACAAAUUGUGAAAAACGCUUAUCUGUCAUCCCACUUCCACUACAAUUAUAUCGUCGUUGACUGGGAAAAAUUGGGGAAUCCACAACCCCCCGAAUUAACAUCAUCACUUUACUUUCUCGCCGUAAAGAAUGUUCCCAUCGUUGCUCAACGUGUCGCCGAAUUCGUAUCUUGGCUAAAAGAUAGUGGUUUCCUCGUGUUGGACCAAAUUCACAUGGUUGGCCAUUCCCUUGGGGCUCAUGUCUCCGGUCUUGCGGGACGAAACCUUCAAGCUUGGCACAACUCGGAGAAAAUCUUUAGAAUUACAGGCCUGGAUCCUGCCGGUCCUCUAUUUUGGCCACCCGUCCCAGAGAGAAAUUUAGUUAAAGAGGACGCCUCCUUUGUUGACGUUAUCCAUACAAACAUGCAUCAAAGAGGGGACGACACAUACCUCGGAGGAGAUGGACAUGCAGAUUUUUAUCCGAAUGGUGGCGUUACUCAGCCGGGUUGUGCCCUCAAUGAUACCGGACUUCCAAACUUUGAUUUCAAUGAAUAUGGUGUGUGCAGCCACCGUUUCUCGUAUAAACUUUACGUGGCAUCCUUCACCAAGAAUUUUAUCGCCUGUAACUGUUCUCCUUUUGUGGACUUGAUUAUAUUCCACUUUUGCAUCUCUACCUGCCCUCAACCGGUACUUAUGGGGGUGUACUGUCCCACUUCGGCUUCUGGCCAGUAUUACCUGGAAACGACGAACCCACCAUGACCAGCCAAGACAUAUGCGCAUAAAUAUAAUUUUGACCCUGAAUGAAACCAUUUUUCUCUUUGCAUUCAUAUCGCCCCGUAUCAAAACCUUGCUCGAAUUAAAGUUAUGCAGUCCCUGAA